AUGGACGACUCCAUGGAAAUGUCAUCUCCUGCCCGCAACCAUGAUGGCGACAUCGACAUCGAUUUUGAUGAUUACGGCGGCGUUGUUCACUUCACCGAUGAUGAGCGCAUGCUCGAGGAUGGCGAACAAGCCCGACCGGGCACUGCCACCGAUGACAUGAUGGCUGAUGACGACGCCUUCAACCUGACCAGCAACCCCGUAGUCGAGGCCGAGAUGCAGGAUGACGAACCAUACCAGCACCAAGAUGGAGAUGAGGAACUCAUUGAUUAUGAUGAGGCAGAGCUACAGGACCACAUUCCUGAUCCAGACGCCAUACCGACCGAAACUGUAUCAGUGGAGUGCGGCCACACGAGCUUUCCAGUAGAUGCGGAAACCGCUGCUAAAGCGGCAGCCACGGAAGAAGUAGUUGAUGAAGAGAUUCCGCGCCAGCUGGAAGAGCCACACGCCGAGCCAGCUGACACUUUUGCGCAGCCCGAGGAACCGGUCGCUUCCGAAGAAACUGUGUCGGAGCCUGUAGUUGAGCCAACAGUACAGCAGCCUGUGAGCACAGAGCUGGAGCCGGUCCAUGAGACCUCUAAUCACAACGUCGCCACUCAAUACGAGACUGAAGGCGAAGAAAAUCGGACUGAAAUCGAUGCUAGUCAAGCUGCUGCUGCUGCGGUGGAGUGGGAUGAAGAGGCUCUCGAAGCCGCUUUAGACGACGACUUCCACCAAGCAGAAGAGCCUGCACAGAAGGCUCCGCCUCAGCUGUCAGGCACUAUAGAUACCUCCGCCGCGGCCUUCUCAGUAGAUGCACCUCCCACGCCGACCGAUACUGGCUUACAUCCCAUGGUGAUCCAGUUUGGUGACCAUGAAUGGCCGUUGUUCAAGUCGCGUGCACAGCCAGAUGGGCUCUUGAAAGAUGACAACUUGGUCAAUGUGAGCUUGGCUGAGCUUCUUUCUUCUUGCAAGCAGCGUCUGAACCAACGUCUUGGAGAUGCCGUGUCUGAAGACCAAGACCUCGUGCUUGGAUUUGAUCGAAUCGGCUUGAUGCUUAUGGAGUGCUCCACGCAUGCAUCAGCUAUCAGCUUGAACGAUGUCUUGGAGGUGUACAUGAACCUCUACCAGAACGAUGGAGUAGAGGAUAUCCCGCGACUUUCUAUGACACUAACUACUCAAUUGAAGUUUACGAGCCAUCUGAAACUCCUCAAGGAAGCUGCUGUCUCAGGCACGGGUAUGUCUACAUACAACAGUACUCACGAUCAAGGCGAUGUUGAAGAGUACGACGAGGAAGAUGAUGAAGGAGAACAAGAAGAGGAUGGCCAGGAAUACCCAACAGAGGCUCAUUAUGAGCAGGCUGAACACACUGAAGACGAUGUCGCUCGACGCUCGACCCAGAAUGUAGAAGAGCGUCAAGAGGAAGGACAAGACUACCAUGAGUACCAGGAAGGAGACGAGAAUGGCCAAGAAUAUUCCUUUGAUCAAUAUGAAGAAGGUAACUAUGACGACUACGACGAGAACGCCGUUCACGACCAGGAUGCCACGGGCACUGGCGAUGCUCAUGUCAGCGAAAUUGUCACGGCAGAGACUUUCAAUGAAGGUCAUGAGACCGUGGCUCCCGAUUCGACUGCGACCUCAGCUACAGUUCGUGCUGACGCGACGAACGAUGCUGGUAAGUACCCCACCGAAAGCGACUACGACUUCGACUAUGAUCUAACGGCUUUGACCUCAGAGUCACACGAGAAUGGUGGUGACGAUGAGUUCUCGGCACUUCUCGAUGCAUACGAUGAAGAGGCCCGGCAAGCAGAUGCUGCUGAGACUGCACAGCAUGCCGUUGAUGAUACCGCCGACCAUGCUGCAGAAGCACACCAGGAUGGCGAAGAAGCAGGCCACGAUGGCACAUAUACCCUUGAUGAUACAGGAGAAUUCGUCAACGAGGACUUCGCCGAAUACGCACAGGGUGAAGGAGAUGACCAAGCAGAAGGCACUGGAUCAGGUGAACAUGAGUCUGCUGAUGUGGUCGAGCCUGGUGCCCAGCAUGAGAAGCAAGAUUUUGUCCAGGCUGACAACAUAGAACAUGACCAGCAGCCUGGCGAGGACGAGGAUCAGUUCCACACCGCUUUCGACCUCCUUGAUGAGACUGAAUUUGAAGAAGGCCAAGAGGCUGCUCAACAGGAGCCACACGCUGAAGGAACGAACGAGCCACUACCAGAUGAGGAGAACAACAACUUCUACGAUGGCAUCCAGAAGCCUUCCCUUCCGGCCGAGGACGAAACACCCAAUGGCUCCCUUCGUGGCAAGCGCUCUUUCGACGAGCAUGCAGAUGAAGACGAACUGAACUUCGACGAGCACGAGUCGAAGAAGCCGCGGGCGGAUUGAGUGAUACGUUACACCUCGGACCGGCGGCCUACGGAACGAGCGAGAUCUGGCCCUGACCGUUUCGGCCUGGUCUCCAACACCCUAUUAGUCUGCGAGAUCUCCCGACAGUUUUAUUUGCAGCUUACAAAGACUUUGACUAACAUCGAAUUACUAACAACAGCAUAUACGUCGCCUUUCGCCGCAGCACUUUUGCACCAGGAUUUGUGUAUCGAGCAACUGUGGCGGCCAAGGUAGGUGCGGAUCCAUCUUUCUAACCAAAGCAGGGCAACUUGAGCGCGAAUGGAGGCGAAUGGAGGCGACUGAGCUGAAAUAGCAUAAGAUUGUUGUUCGCUGCUGUGUGCAACGAGGUCAAAGGGCGAUGGCAUGAGAAAAGGCACAAAAGGCGUUUGAUUUAUGAUACCCAUACAGUACCUGGACUAGGCGUCGGAUGGUGCAUUCUGUCCUGCUGCGUUAUCUUUCGUGGGCGCUAUGCCUGCUCGCACUCUGUGGCGAAGCAGGGCGAACCUUCAGAUACCAUGCUGCUGUUUUUGUAUAGUCAAUUCUAGUUGAAUUUCAGACGUUUC